AUGGCUGAUUUGUCAUCGCAAGCAUUCCCGGUCAACACUCCGAAGUUUUGGGGGAACGAGAAGGUGUUGGUGGCAAAGUGCAUUGAGACGGGCUGGAUAUCCUCGGAAGGUCCGGCAGUGAAGGAUUUCGAGAGCAAAUUAGCCGCCAGAUGUCAACGAAGGCAUGGCAUCGCAUGUGCGAACGGCACGGCCGCCCUGGAUAUAGCCGUGCAGGCGCUUGGGCUGGGGCAAGGUGACGAGGUCAUCCUGCCGACCUUCUGCAUCAUCUCAUGCAUAAAUCAGAUCGUCCGUGGCGGCUCCAAGCCGGUCCUGGUCGACUCGGAUGACAGCUUUAACAUGAACGUGUCCCAAGUUGCGGCGAAGCUCACGCCCAAAACGAAGGCCAUCCUGUGCGUUCACACAUACCACUUUCCUGUCGACAUGGAGCCAAUCAUGGCUCUCGCGAAGGAGAAAGGGCUCAAAGUCAUCGAAGAUGCCGCAGAAAUGAUUGGCCAGACCUGCGCAGGGAAGCCUUGUGGCUCCUUUGGUGACAUUAGCACCAUGAGCUUCUACCCCAACAAGCACAUCACAACAGGUGAGGGUGGAAUGGUUCUCUGUGAUGAUCCUGAAUUGGCAGAUCGGUGCCGAAAGCUGCGAAAUCUGUGCUUCGACCCCAAGAAGAGACGUUUCGUGCAUGAGGAGCUCGGCUGGAAUUACAGAAUGACCAACCUGCAGGCUGCCUUAGGGCUGGGGCAGCUGGAAUUCUUGGAUUCCGCUGUGCUUCGCAAGCGAGAG